AUGGACAUGAUGGACGGCUGCCAGUUCUCGCCAUCUGAAUACUUCUACGACGGCUCCUGCAUCCCAUCCCCCGAGGGCGAUUUCGGGGACGAGUUCGAGCCCCGAGUAGCCGCCUUUGGGGCGCACAAAGCAGAGUUGCAAGGGUCAGACGAGGACGAGCACGUGCGAGCGCCUACAGGCCACCACCAGGCCGGCCACUGCCUCAUGUGGGCAUGCAAGGCUUGCAAAAGGAAGUCCACCACCAUGGACCGGCGGAAGGCAGCCACCAUGCGCGAGCGGAGGCGCCUGAAGAAGGUUAACCAGGCUUUUGAGACACUCAAGAGGUGCACCACGACCAACCCCAACCAGAGGCUUCCCAAGGUGGAGAUCCUCAGGAACGCCAUCCGCUACAUCGAGAGUUUGCAGGAGCUGCUGAGGGAGCAGGUGGAAAACUACUAUAGCCUCCCAGGACAGAGCUGCUCUGAGCCCACCAGCCCCACCUCCAACUGCUCUGAUGGCAUGCCUGAAUGUAACAGCCCUGUCUGGUCCAGAAAGAGCAGCAGUUUUGACAGCGUCUACUGUCCUGAUGUACCAAAUGUAUACGCCACAGACAAAAACUCCUUAUCCAGCUUGGAUUGCUUAUCCAGCAUAGUGGAUCGGAUCACCUCCUCAGAGCAACCUGGGUUGCCUCUCCAGGACGCUGCCUCUCUCUCCCCGGUGGCCAGCAUCGAUUCACAGCCUGCAACCCCAGGGGCCCCUAGUUCCAGGCUCAUCUAUCAUGUGCUAUGA